UAGGAUUUUAACAUAGUUAAGACAGCUUUAUGUUAGCUUGCUAUGGCACUCACAGAACAUUUAUCGAGUGUGACCAUCACUGUUGUGUCAUUAACAUGUUGUGUAUCAACAUUACUUCUGCUUAUAGCAGGCUUGAAGUAUUUGCAAUGGAAAAUCGGGAAAUCAACCGUGAACUGCUGGUUCUGUAACACUGAUACAGUUGUCCCAUACCGCCUUAGGAAUAGGUGGGUAUGCGGGGCAUGUAAACAGUACAAUGGUUUCAAUGCAAGUGGUGAUUAUAAUGAUAAAGUCCCUGCCAUGCAUGAUGAAAGCUUAAACCCAACAAAAGUAGGAGCUUGCCGCUCUACAGAUGCGUCAGCCACCAUAGAACAACAUGUAAAACUAUGUUCGCGAUGCACACGGAACCAACUUCUGAAGGUGAAGCAGUUAGCUCAAUUUGAACCAAUUAUUGAAGAAAAUUUUGAAGUGGAAGCUGCAGCGUUUAAAGUGAAACUAGACAAGUUGUAUGCCUUGUGUAGGAUCUGCCACUCUGCCACCGAGAGACAUAUACGAAUGCAAGACACAAUGAUAAGAGGAAGCAUGUUAAGUGUGCAACAAAGACUCAGUGCCAAAUUAAGCAGCUUAACAGCAAAUCGACCUUAUUUAAAAACCACAAAAACUGCCCUGGAACAAAAAGUGCAGUCGCUCUCAGAUAUCCCGUUAAUUUUUCUCACCUUUGCUGUGCUUGUACUAUCUGUAACAGUAAGUUACUACUCCAUUUGUGAAUCACUCAAAGAAGUCCUAAUGCUGCCUUUUGCAAGUUAUUUUUAUUCAUUUGUGGGCAACAGUGACCCUGAGAAAGAAAUGUUGCACAUACUUCUUGUCUCAGGCUGGAUCUGCAGUAUGGCUGUACUGUCUUUGCAAAAUCAUAGGCAGCGAAGCAGUAUAUUUGCUUGUGGUUUAUGGUUCACCUACUGUUUUUCAGCUUGGAUAUCCAAGCAUGAAUUCUACGAAAAGUACAUCCCCUUCUUGGCCACCCUUCCCUUUAGUAAACCUGCCUUUGUUUUCAAAUUACUUUCACCGUUUAUUUCAGCCCUGCUACUUAUUUUUUCAAGCUAUUUGUCAUUCAGCAGCUCACUGCCAAAAAAUAAGAAAGCAUCCAGUUUUAAGCACUCUUUCAGUGAAUUUCAAAAGUCUCAAAAAGUAAAGAAAACGCCCUCUCCGAAAAAUGCUCUAAACACGAGUAUGUAUUCCGACUGUAGUAUGCCAAGUGAUGAUGAAUCACCACAAGCUAAACGACAUCACACACAGAUGGAAGAAUCGUUUAAGCGACCCAAUGAAGUCGGCCUAAACGGAAGUCUUAAUGCGCUCAAUUUAAAAGAGGAUGAGGAUUUUUCUUCUUCCUUCACCCAUUUCAAGCAUCCUGCAUCAGUACAUGGAGGUAACACACUCCCAUCUACUCUUCACACUCCUCCUCCAUCCAGGUCCUCCAGUCUUCUAUCUCUUACGUCCCAUACUUCCGCUCCUGGACAGCAGAUCCAGAACAACUUUAGCACAAAUUCAAUUUUCGCUAAACCAACCGGCGAAGUUCCUUUUCAACGCUACAAAACCAGCACCACUGUAACAGGUUGGACACAUCGACAACAAAAACCAGGCUGGCAAAGUGGACAAAAAUCUGUCGCUUCAAUGCCUGCUAUGAGUUGGCAACGCUCCUCUCAGCUGUUAACAAACACAGCUGGACCUUCAAGAAACAAUCGAUUUGGUAGCCGCCCGCUUAUCAGUCCUGGAAAACUGCAAUGGAAAAACGCAGGCCAGAAAAAGCGCUCCCACAACUGGCAAGAGGCCAACCCAAAAACUGAACCCUCUACACAAGACCUACAAAACAGCUGGGAGCAAAAAUCUGAUCCCGAUGUUUCAAUCCAUGAUAGCGUAAGUCAAGUCGGCGACCGCGGGCAGCCAGAAAUCAGUGAUGAAGAGGACUUCAGCUUCUGCCGGACACCCCGUCGUCGUCACCGAAACUCCCCAACUCCGAUGGAUUUGAGCUCUUCGUCUCCAAAGUCCACAAUCUCUAACCUCACUUCGAUCACAAUGAGAAGCGUCCAUGAGGUUGAGAAUAGUCGAUUUUGUCGCUGGUUACUCGCUGCUUGUCUUCUCAUCAACCUCAUCUUAGUAAUCCUUCUGGUGUUGGAGGUUCGGGAGAUGAGGGGAGGAGAAGAAUGGAAGAAAAAUUCAGCGAAUCUAUAGACUGUUACUUGGUGUUGUGCUAGUUUUGUACUGCUAUUUUUCACUGCGUAAUAGACCUGCUUUGAGAACAAUCGCAUCUGCCGUUAGUUUUCGUACUGAAGUGAUUAGUUCUAGUGUAGUGUGAAUGUUAUGUUUUGGGAUAAAAUGGUAAUGGUGUUUAUUUUGCAACAAAAAUCAUGAUUUUCUAAAGUUCUUAUUUUUCAUAUACUCAUUCUGUUGGUGCCGUAUCUGCUUUGAACUUUCAUUGGUUUAGAAUGUUUCUUUGUUUUUCCAAUAUUGCUGAGACCCUGACCCUACCUGUUCAAGGAACUCUUUGUUUAUGUCAGUGCCGCAAGAGAAUUUAAAUAGUCAUCUGUUUUCUUGGUGUUUUGUAAAAAUGUACUUGUUCAUUUGCA